CAUCCUCGCUCUCCCAACAGCUCUGCUCCUGUCUCUCCUCCCUCUCUGCCUCUCUCUGCCUCUCUGCCCGUCAUCCCCCUUCCUUUCUUUCUCUUCUUCCCGUCUCCUUCUUUCUUUUUUUUUCUUUUGUUGCUGUGUUUUCUGCUUUGGUUUCAUAAUCUGGCCUCCUGGUCCUCUUUUUCCCGCUCCUUUCAUCCUCCUUACUCUUAAUUCGAGGGUCAAACGAGCACAAAACCGUCACAAUGAGUGGCCUACGCUUCCUCGACCUGAUCAAGCCCUUCACACCCCUCCUCCCGGAGGUGGCAUCCCCCGAAACCAAGGUGCCCUUCAACCAGAAGUUGAUGUGGACAGGCUUAACUCUGCUCAUAUUCUUGGUGAUGAGCCAAAUGCCGCUCUAUGGCAUUGUUUCAUCAGAUACCUCCGAUCCGCUCUAUUGGCUCCGCAUGAUGCUGGCCAGUAACCGUGGUACUCUGAUGGAGUUGGGUAUUACUCCCAUUAUCUCCUCCGGCAUGGUUUUCCAACUUCUUGCCGGAACCCACCUGAUCGAUGUUAACCUUGACCUCAAAACCGAUCGCGAACUCUACCAGACCGCCCAGAAACUUUUCGCAAUCAUCCUGUCCUUUGGACAGGCAUGUGUGUAUGUCCUUACCGGUCUCUACGGCCAACCCAGUGACCUUGGUGCUGGUGUCUGUGUUCUAUUGAUCGUUCAGUUGGUUGUUGCUGGUCUUGUUGUCAUCCUGCUGGAUGAACUUCUUCAGAAGGGAUAUGGUCUUGGAAGCGGUAUUUCACUUUUCAUCGCAACCAACAUUUGCGAGUCGAUUAUCUGGAAGGCGUUUUCCCCCACCACCAUCAACACUGGACGUGGUCCGGAAUUUGAAGGAGCCGUCAUCGCCCUGUUCCACUUGCUGCUCACCUGGUCAGACAAGCAACGUGCCCUCCAUGAAGCAUUCUACCGCCAGAAUCUGCCCAAUAUCAUGAACCUCCUUGCGACUCUCCUUGUUUUCGCAACCGUCAUAUACCUCCAAGGUUUCCGCGUUGAGAUCCCUGUAAAAUCUUCCCGCCAGCGUGGCAUGCGCGGUUCUUACCCCAUUCGCCUCUUCUACACCUCAAACAUGCCAAUUAUGCUUCAGUCCGCGCUUUGCUCCAACAUUUUCCUGAUCAGCCAGAUGCUCUACUCUCGUUUCUCGGAUAACCUUCUUGUCAAGCUCCUCGGCGUCUGGGAACCACGUGAGGGUGGAUCGGCUCAACUCUAUGCUUCCUCUGGAAUUGCCUACUAUAUGUCUCCCCCGCUUAACUUCAAGGAGGCUCUCUUGGAUCCCAUCCACACCGCUGUAUACAUUAGUUUCAUGCUGGUUGCUUGUGCUUUAUUCUCCAAGACCUGGAUUGAAGUUUCUGGCUCCGCUCCCCGCGAUGUCGCCAAGCAGCUGAAGGACCAGGGACUUGUAAUGGCCGGACAUCGUGAGCAGAGCAUGUACAAGGAACUCAAGCGUGUAAUCCCUACUGCAGCUGCCUUCGGUGGUGCCUGUAUUGGAGCCUUGUCUGUGGCUAGUGAUUUGCUUGGAGCCCUUGGAAGCGGAACUGGUAUCUUGUUGGCUGUCACUAUCAUCUACGGAUAUUUCGAAAUAGCAGCUCGAGAAGGCGACUUCGGUGCUGGCCUGAAAGGCUUAGUGCCCGGAAACUAAACGAGUCUCGUUUUGUGACGAUUCGGGGAGUUAAUUUUCCCGCCCUGUCUUAAUAUAUGCUCAUUAUCUUUAUUUUUAUUUUUUUUUUGUUUUCGCUUCAGUUGCAUGGCUAGGAUACAUACUCUUUUCUUGUGACUUAUCACAUCUGUUAAACCUUUGAGCAGGGUAUUCAGAAAAGCCUAGGUGAUGGGGAGUCAGGCGAUGUUUGGGAUUCUUCCCCGGAAUGUGUUUAGGUAUAUAUACCUGAGCAGAAAAGAAAACCAGAAUGCCGUAUUUAAAAAAAUAUUUUUUCCUUUUCGCCGAACUUCUUGGAUCCCCAUUGUUUUUCUUCGCAUAUCUCUUAUUUACAUAUUUGCCACGUCCAUUUUCUUGAGGUAACAUGGAUGUACUGGCUCGGUGGGAGAAAAAUCACAAAAAUAUUAGAGCGGCCUCAUUUUUUGCAAAACGAGAGGAGGGAGAGAAAAAACUAGGAAAAAGGAAAACCAGGAAAACCCCCAAGUGUAUAUAUACUUCGAAAUGCCUGCUCUCUACCUAUUUAACUGCGAGUAUCAUGAUAUUUCAC